AUGGCGCCCGUGAGCCAGCGAAAGCACCUCGGACGCGACAAGUUCGGGGCUCAGUUCAGCUUGCUCAAGACCCAGCAGUACACGGACCCUGCCACUCGAACAGCCAUCCCCACCAUCCACCGCACUAUCUCGUGGAAUGCCUCUGGCGGGCUGAUCGCGACGGGGGCCAACGACAAGACGAUCCGAAUCUGGAAUCCCGAGCGCACCAGUCCGCGAAGCCAGGUCGAGCUGAGGGGCCACGGACAUGGCGUCGAAAAGGUCCUGUUCAACCCGGUGCGGGAAUUCGAGCUGGCCAGCUGUUCAUCGGACGGCACGGUGCGGUUCUGGGACACCCGCACCAAAGCCUGCGUGAGUAAACUCGACGUGGGCGGCGAGCCUUUCACCUUGAGCUGGAGUGCGGAUGGAAGCGUGCUUUUGGCGGGGACGAAGGGCGACGUCCUCAUUCCUAUCUCAACCGCGAUCCCCUCCUCUCCGCAAGUCCUCUCGCGCCAUAAGCAGAACCAACAAACCAACCAGACAACAUUCUCCAAUGCAUAUCCACCCUCUGACGUGCUAAUAACACAAGGUGACGGCUCCGUCAAGAUCCUCGACUACCCGUCCUUCACCCUCCUGCAUACCAUUUCCGCCCACACUUCCUCCUGCACCGCCAUUUCAUACUGUCCCAAUGGGAAGUACGUCGCCGUCGGUGGCUCAGACGCCAUGAUAUCUCUGUGGGACACGACGGACUGGGUAUGCCGACGCACCGUGUCCAACCCGAGUUCCGGCGCCAUCAGGGGCCUGAGUUGGUCGUGGGACGGUCGAUACCUUGUUGGCGCGAGUGAAGAGAUGGGAUCAGGCGGCGGUGAGGGCUUAAGCUCCGGAUUCGACAUAUAUCAUGCCGAGACGGGUGAUGUCGUGCACACGAUUGCUACGGGCACAAGUGGAAUCCCAGCGGUCGAGUGGCAUCCCCACCGCUAUUGGUUGGCAUAUACCCAGAUCGAGGAGACCAGGCAGGGGAAGUCGAGUCUGAAAAUAAUCGGAGCAGCUGGAGGGCCGUCGAUUUAA